UGUGUAUAGUACGUAUUCUAGAAGAUAAGAGUGAGCGAAGGGAUAAAACAUAAGGAAAAUGCAAUUCAUUCUUCAAUUUUCCGUAGAAAUGCCUGCGUAGCAUUUCUCUCUCUCUGUUUGUUCUGAUUUAGUGAUUUUCAACAAGGAGGAGAUUGGAUGGGACUUAUUGCUUCUUUCGAUUUUUCGGCCGGUUCUGUUUUGUCUUAUGACUUUGCUAGUUCUAGAAAAGAAUUUCAAUGGCUGGCAUCUGUAUUCACAGGCAUCAUCUUUUGUGUUAUUGUUUAUAGAUUGAUGGAUAUUAUGAGUUCUCUGUUGUUCAUGAGAUAUGGCAAAUUGAGCGAUAAACAGAAAAUAGAAUGGAAUAACAGGGGAUUCUCUACUGUUCAUGCUAUUUUUGCAUCUGUUGUAUCUUUUUACCUCCUUAUGAGAUCAGAUCUCUUCAGUGAUGAUUCACGUGAAGAGCUAAUUGUUCAUAGAUCGUCUACCUUCUCAAAUUCAGUAUUGGGAAUUUCUGUAGGUUAUUUUCUAACAGAUUUGGCAAUGAUUCUUUGGUAUUAUCCAGCCUUAGGGGGUAUAGAAUAUAUUCUGCACCACGGGCUAUCCUUGUUUUCAAUCAUCCAAGCUUUGCUAAGUGGUCAAGCACAGAUCUACAUACUGAUGGUUCUUUUCACUGAGAGCACAACUCCUUUCGUAAAUCUGAGAUGGCACUUGGAUGUAGCUGGUCUCAAGAGCUCCAAACUUUACAUUUGGAAUGGCGUUGCUUUGUUCUUCGGGUGGUUGAUUGCUAGGAUUAUUCUUUUCAUAUUCUUUUUUCUCCACAUGUAUAACCAUUUUGAUGAGGUCAAGCAGAUCUUCCCUCUGGGUUACUAUAGCGUGCUCACUGUGCCUGCUACGUUGGCUAUGAUGAACGUAUAUUGGUUCUGGAAGAUUGCGAGGGGAAUGGUUAAAACUCUUGCGAAAGCAAAAGCGAAAAAGCAUGACGAGUGAGCUUACCACGCAACCCUGCGUUCUAUGUACAAAAAACCAGUGCCUUGAUGUAUGAGAUGGCCAUUUUGAUUGAUUUUAAGUACAGUUGCAACCAACAUUUUCUUGUUAACUAGUAAGAUUCAGUGAUGAUGUAUAUUCUGAACCAUUGCUUUCUAUAAA